AUGUCUUUCUUUACUUUACAAUCUAUCUAUCUAUCUAUCUAUCUAUCUAUCGCAAUCGUUUAUGUUGUUUUUUCUAACCAAUCUUUUUUCCUUUGCUUGCUAAUCAAUACGACUGGACCACCAACAUCUCGAACUUAUAAAGACGCCAUCUCCAUAUUUUCUAUUCUCAUCUUCGACAUCUUGCUUCUCUGUAUUGUCGCCACUGUCUUCUCCGUUACAACAUUUUAUUUGCUGCUGCUACUAGAGCGGCUACACCGCCUCUUACUCUACCGCCACAGCCUCUGCCGCCGUGGUUGUUGUCGUGCCGUCUGCUGCCGUCGCCCGAGAUCGCCAGCGGAGACUUAUGGUCGUACUACCACUACUACUACCAUGGACGUGUGUGGUAAGAAAAGGUUGCUAAUGAUCAUGACCAGUAGUUGUGCCGGAGCUGCGUUCGGCCUUCUGUGCAUCGCCGUCGCCACUGACUACUGGCUAUACACGUCUGAACGAGUGGUGGACUCCUCGUAUAAUACAUCAGCCAUUUACAAAAGAACAUAUUCGGGAUUAUGGCGCAAAUGUGAACACACCGGUGAGUACCUCCCUGCAUCACACUCGUCAUACUGCUGCUACAUCUGUCUCUGUUUCUAUUCGUUCUACUACUAUUAUUACUAUGAUAAGACCACUAUCAUUACUCUUUUUCACACUUCCUCCUACAAAUUCAAAUAG